AUGGACUCAUUUUCCCCCCUUCAUCGCACACACUUGCCUCCUGAUCUGGAUGAUGCCACUUCAAAAAUUCGCCGUGUAACUGUUGAGGAGGUUGAAGAUGAAGAAGGCACAUAUAACAGGCGCUUUUUUGAAGGCUACCCUAAUGCCGGCCGGCCAAUAGAAGAGGGAAAGACUGUGUUUGAAAGCUAUUGUCAGUACAAGGAGGAUGAGGGCGAAGAUGUCUGGGCUCCCUUUGCUGACGAGGAAGAGUGGGGACUUGCUGAAUGGAUGAUUAAAAACCUCGGUCAGACACGAACAGAUGAAUAUCUGAAAUUACCCAUAACCAAAAACCGAACAAAGCCAUUGUUUCACAACAAUCGGACAUUCCUCAAGAGAGUGGAUGAGCUUCCACAUGGCGCUUCCUGGAGUUGCAAGAAAGUGAUGGUGCAAGGAAAUCGGGAAGAUGAGGAUGGGCGAACAUUGAGUGAAGAGGUUGAAAUCUGGAUGCGAGAUCCUGUUGAGUCAUACAAGGACAAAGGAGGUACUCAACGGCUCAUAGAUGACAUGUGGACAGCUGACUGGUGGUGGGACAAGCAAGUGAAACUGCCCGAAGGAGCAACCUUGGUGCCUAUUAUUCUGGCCUCUGACAAGACAUUGUUAUCACAAUUUCGAGGCGACAAAUCUGCAUGGCCCAUUUACCUAUCAAUUGGCAACAUUGCAAAAGAGAAGCAACGACAAACAUCUGCCCGGGCAACAAUCCUCAUUGGGUACCUACCAGCCACAAAACUCGACUGCUUCACCUGUGAUGCACGUUCCCUGGCUGGAUACCAACUUUUUCAUCACUGUCUGUCCCUGCUGCUGGAACCUCUCAUUGCAGCUGGUUGGGAUGGUGUUGAAAUGGUGUGUGCUGACUCUUUCAUUCGGCGAGUGUACCCCAUACUGGCUGCAUAUGUCGCAGAUUUCCCUGAACAGUGCCUUGUUGCAGGCUGUAAGGAGAAUCGUUGCCCUAAGUGUUUGGUUGCAGCUGAUGAGUGGGGCAACCCGCUAAACUCAUUGAUGCGGGACCCGGAGUCAACGAAAGAGAUGCUAGAAAGACAGAGGAAUGGUCAGCACCCUGUAGAAUUCGACGAGGAUGGACUGCGUGCAGUGUAUAGGCCGUUCUGGGCCAAUUUACCCCACACCAAUACACUACACACCAACAUCUUCACGGCAUUCACACCGGACCUCCUCCACCAGCUGCACAAAGGAGUCUUCAAAGACCACCUUGUUAAGUGGUGUCUCAACAUUGCAGGUGAAGAUGAAAUUGAUGCUCGCUUCAAGGCCAUGCCCGACUACCCAGGUCUUCGUCAUUUUAAGAAAGGUAUAUCUAGUGUCAAACAGUGGACAGGAACGGAACACAAGGAGAUGCAACGUAUCUUUGUUGCAUUAAUUGCUGGUGCAGUCCCAAGUCGAGUCAUCGUUGUCGCACGGGCCAUACUGGACUUUUGCUAUUAUGCACAACUGCAUACACAUACGAGCGAAUCCUUGGACAGUCUUGAAAACGCACUCACGGUAUUUCAUGCGCACAAGGAUGUGUUGAAGGAACUCGAUGUUCGCAAUCAUUUCAAUAUUCUGAAGCUGCAUCAAUUGUCUCACUACGUCCAGUCAAUCAAAUUGUUUGGGGCUGCUGAUGGAUUCAACACUGAACUUCCCGAGCGCCUGCACAUCGACUUCGCUAAAGAAGCUUACCACACGAGUAACAAGCGUGACUACGAGGAGCAAAUGGCAUUAUGGCUUCAAUGCCAGGAAGCAAUCUUCUGGCGGGUCUCUUACCUCGAGUGGACUGAACAUCAAUAUGGCUAUGACUCCGACUCUGAUGCCGAGGAAGACUUCGACUUCAUACCAGUGGUUUCACAAGACAUUGUUCAUGUUCUUGCGAAGACACCUCCACACCCUCGGCAAUCUAUCCAGCAUCUUGAAACCAUGCAUGGCGCUGUCGAUUUUCUGCCUGCUUUCAAGUCGUUUUUACGGAAGCACGUGCCACACAAUCACAUCAUGCCCAGUUAUCAAGACCGUUUUGAUGUUUUUCAGCAAGCCGUCAUAAUCAUUCUCCCCAACCCUCGUGUGUCGGAGUUACCGAAACGUCUGCGGGUGAGGGCAACACCUGAAGUGCUUCCAUCACCUUCUGGACGGAAGCCAGGUUCCCCCGCACGAUUUGACAUGGCGUUGUUAACUGAUGGUGUCCGAGCAUCAAAGUUGCACACUUUGGAAGCUGUUCGAGUUGCGCAGGUGCGUGUAAUAUUCAUGCUGCCUCGUCAGUUCAGCUCAUACUUGCGACCUCUUGCCUAUGUUGAAUGGUUCACGCCAUUCAGGGAGCCAGACCAGUUCUCAGGUCUGCGUCAAGUCUCGUGUUCGACUCAUCACUUGCGUCAGAAUGGAGCAGUCAUACACGUCAACGAGUUCGUUUGGCCAUGUCGCCUUGUUCCGAAAAUGGGCCAAAAGGUAGACCCCAGCUGGACGAGCGCAAACGUCUAUGAGAUGGCAAGCAAUUUCUAUUUCAACGAAUUUAUUGACCUUGAUACAUUUUGCAUAUCAAGUGCCAUUACAUAG